CGCCGAUCAGAGCCGAUGUUAUUGUUACUAAUUGCUAAUAUUUUGCAUAAAUGCCCAUACAAGAGCUUCAAUGAAUCUUCAGUCUCGGCUCAGCGCCCUGCGCGUGUCGAGAGGGUCGAACAAGUGGCAAGAGCCAAUUUGCAGUGGAUUUGGCCCCACCAUGCAUUUACCGUAGCGCCACCUACACUGGGCGCCACGUUUGGGCAAGACUGGGCAAGACAGAGAGGAUUUCCGCAAGGAUUUCCGUCAUAUCAUUUUUUCAGUUCGACAUUUUGAGUGCGGUGGGUAUUUUCAAGGCCCUAAAUACAGGAUGUCUCGCCAGAUCUACUUUUGCGGCUCGAUCCGCGGCGGCCGCCAGGACGUGGAGCUUUACGGCCGGCUGGUGGCCGCGCUGCGCCGCUACGGCACCGUGCUCACUGAGUUUGUUGCUGACCCCAAGGUCACGGAGCUGGGCAGUAACGAGGGCACGGCCACCACAGACCGCGAGAUCCACGACAGGGACGUCCGGCUGCUGGAGCAGUGUGACACGAUCGUGGCCGAGGUGACGCAGCCCUCGCUCGGAGUCGGGUACGAGAUCGGCCGAGGGAUCGCUAUGGGCGGCCGGCGCGUGCUCUGCCUGUACCGGCCUCAGCCGGACAAACGUCUCUCGGCAAUGAUCCGCGGCCUGCCGCCCUCCAAGGACAUACAGGUGGUGGACUACUCGGCCGACAGCUUUGAACAGGUGCUGUCCGACUUUUUCUCUGCCGCCUAGCACUGUGAUGGGUGUCAGCCAGGUGGUGCUCUGAUGGUCCGGUAGUGCUGCCGGUGAGCACAGAGAAACUCGACUGCCAUUACGUGUGCAAUCUCAGUGAUUUGAUGAGCAUAUUUCGGCCUCCGGUCGAUGUUCUGCCCCUUGUUGAAAACGUACUCAGGUGCCCUUUUUAUGCGGGCAUUAUGCUUCCUUAUGUAAAUGAAAAUAAAUUGGCAUUUUUGUA